GGUUGGCUCCGUACCACCACCACCAACCCCACUUUACAUCGUCAGACGCGAGCGGCAUGGAGGAAGCAGGUGGGCGCGAUAACGCCGCGAGCUACGAGGAGGGCGCACACGCCGCGCAGCAGUGGGAAGGCGAAUACUACGACGACGAGGACGAAGCGCUGCAGGAUCAAGCGAUUGAUGUGGCCUUUGGACAAUUGUGAGUGCGAGCAGCGCGAGAAGAGACAUGUUGGCUGACCAUUGUCUCUCCGCCGCUCACGCCGCUCGCGCAGCUUCGACAGCUUCAUGUCAUCACACACCUCGAGCUCCAGCAUCGCAUCGCCGUCCCUCGCAACGUCGUCGGCUGUCCGGCUGGAUGGAGGAGGAGCGCGCCACCCUCUUGCGCGACAAGUCCAGAUGAGCGCCAGCGAGGAGGAGAUGCGCGCGAUCAAUGGCGAAGAUGCAUCCAUGCUCGGCGCCGACGAUGCGCCGCUCCAACCCAACGGCUACUGGCCAAGCGCCAGCCCACCUGCAGAGGAAGCAGCGCCAGCAGCGCCAGCGGCUCCCGACCCUCCUAAGCGCAAACGCGGCCGUCCCCCGAAAGGCGAGGUCGCCAUGCCUCGCUGGGUCAAGAAGCCUCCGCAACCCAAACGCCCCCCCGCGCCGUCUCGUCCACCCGCCAUCCCAGUAGAAGGCCCCAAACGCAAACGCGGUCGCCCCUUCAAAGGAACAGCCCCUGCCCACCCACCCCCUAUCCCACGCGAACGAUCUACGCGCAUCGCCUCGCGUGCCGAGGAGGAGAAAAAGGCCGAGCAAGAGCAGGCCAAACGUCUCGGCCCCUAUGCCGCCUUCAAGACGAUGUACAUGCCCGAUGGGCGCGGCUUCAAGCGGGCAGGGUCCUCUCCCUGUGCGCAAACGCCUCUCACCCACGCUACGCUUCCCGCGCACAUCCGUAAAGCCCUCACGGCUAACGCGCACUGGCCGCCCGCGAUCCUGCCCGAUGAUCAUGCGAUGCCGCCGCGUUUUCCUGAGAUUCAUUGCUGGGUGAGGUGGAGGCGAUGGAAGCCAAAGUACGAGAGGCGGUUGAGGAUGAGGGUCAAGGAGUGGCGGCAAGACGACGAGAAUAGCUAUCGUGGCGGGUGCGCGAAGGGGGAAGCAGCGCAGGAGCAGGAGAUGGAGGGUGUCGUGGCGGGGGAGGCGCAGAGCGAGGCGACGGGCGAGGGUCAGAUCUCCGCGCUGGGAGAGGAUCAAAGGGAUGCGGCGGACGAUGCUCAAAGCUCCGCACUGGGCGAGGCGCAGAGCUCAAUUGCGACUGGCACCACCUCAACGCCAACGUCAGCAACCGCUCAAAACUCCGCGCUGGGCGAGGCUGAAAGAUCCACGGCGACCGGCUCUACCUCAACGCCGACGUCAGCACCCGCGGCGCCACCCCGCGCGCCCGCCUGGCACGCUCCCUGGCUGAGCACCAUCUCGCUGGAAAACUCCCUCAAGAUCCCCUUUCGCGUCCACCCAAAGCACGCCCGGCAGAACUACUCGGGCCUGGUCAGGGCACAAUGGCGUGCACGGAGGACUGCUGUCGCGAGGGCAAAGGCGAGGGCUGCGGCUGCGAAGCGGGAAACGGGUGGGGGAGAGAUGAGGGGAAGAGGGGGAAAGGGUAGGGGGAGAGGGUUGGAUCUACGCGAUCUCUGGGUGAGGGCUGUUGAGCGGGAAAUGCGCAGCGCCGAGACGAAGGACAGUAGCGACAAGGCCGACGACGCCGACAACGCCGAGCUCUCAACGCCUCGUCGUCGCGCACCGCUCGUCCUACGCCGCAAUGUCAGGCGGGGCAAGGAGCACGAAGAGGAGCUCCAACGCGCAGCUACGGCGCGAGCUCAAGCGGCCGGCGGCGGCGGCGGCGGCGUUGAUACCAGCACGGACCUCUCCAUCACAGGCACCACAACGACCCUGCAGUAAAUCAAACUGCGCAUUUGCGCAUCUGCGCAUCUGCGCAUCUCAUUCUACGCCUCGCCGCUGCUCCUCGCCGCUAGUAUACAUGUGUGUGUGUGCGUGUGGGUGCGUGUGUGUGCGUGUGCGCACGCGCGCCGCCUCAACGCUUGAUCAACGACACGACGUCCUCAUCGCUGAGGACGUGCUCUGGACUACAGAUCUGACCCGGGAACUUUGCGCUCAUUCCCCACACUUUGGCCCCCUUGAUGUUGUUCUUCAAAUCGCGAUGAAUCG